AUGAACUGUGAGACUCUAUAUUGGAAACCAAAAGAACUCGCAUUUCACUUUCCACACAAGAAACUUUUGGAGAAAAUUGAACACGUGGAGAAGGAGCCUGAGCCAUUGACCGGGUUUACAUUUGCUCAAGAAGAAAGGUUUCGAAAAGAAAGAAAGACUGCUAAGUUGCAGUUGGAGCCUAUAAAAAUAGACGAUGGCAAAGAUAAGAAGAAAAAGAUCAAGAUUCAGGAAUCCCGCAGUAACUCUGACGUGGUGAAGAGCCAGCCGCAUACUAGCGAUCCGCUGAAGAUCAAGCCCGUUGUGGCGUCGCAGAAGGAGGUCAUACAGUAUGUGCGCGAACAUCACGAGUGUGGCUUCCUCUAUAUGAUAUACGCCGUUCAUCCCCAAAACGUCUACUUCACGCCCUAUUACCUCAAAGUGGUGCCAUACGAGCAAAUAGACAGGAAGAAUUACCUGACCAUAAGUCCCUGCGGGGUGACUCACUUCACCAAUGAGAUGGUGUUCACUAAACUUCCUGAUUGGGAGCAGGAGUAUAACAUCUUUGUCUCGCUCACCGAUAUACAAUUUUUUCGCAACUACCGUUAUUGGAAGGCGUUCUACGUCUGGCAGAAGUCAAUUCUGUUCAGAAAAUACAGUAAGACGAGGAAGAAGAUUGCCAAGAAACUGUUUAUACUAACUCCAGUUCUAGGUAAAGCGCUUCUUCACAUGCAAGCGAUUUGCUGCGAUAUGUAUAUGAAGAGCUUCGCUGAUGUGUCAAGGGAUAUGGACACUGCGUUCUUCUACUUUAUCGAAGUUCUGAUGAAACGGGUAGAAUAUGUCCGCGAGAAACUACUGGAGUUCAGAGCGAUAGCCCUGGAGCUGAUCACAGCGGCUUGCCAUGCUGCGUUGUACCAACAGGGCUUCAUAUACGACGACAGGAACAUUCCGCCCUUUCAGAUUAUUAGAGGAAAACCAACGGGCGGAAUGUCUUACACUGAAAAGGCAAAUAAGAGGAAUUACUGCGAGAGACUCGCUUGCUUCAUAAAACUGAUGGACUACAUGACGAACUACAUGCUGUAUCGUCUGACAAAGCGUUCGAAUGCUAUGAUGGCUGAUAUGUUGCGGGUUCACGUGCAGUUCAACCCUAGUAAGGAGCUACUUGAAGGCACUGAGUUGGACGAAGUCUUGGAGGAAUGGCCGAGGCAGACGGAAAUUUGUAAGUGGGCGCUCUUCCAAGUCGACGCAUACGUUGUAUCUUCUGGGGAAUUCGUACUGAAUCCAAGCGAGAAGCUGAUUUCCUCCUACAUGGAAAAGAUAACGGACUAUUGGGAGGAGUAUGUGCGGACUUUCCAUAACUUCCUCAACGAGGAGACUUUACAAAUAUUUGUGCAACCGACUAUAAUGGGCAAACAGGUUGAAUGGUCGGCCGGACAAUCGCCGAACCUCUACUUCCUCAUGCACCAGGACAAAAAGAUGCUGGCGGAUAUCGGUUUCAUUCCUCAGUCCCUCAGAGACGCAUUCAGCGGUGUUUGGACUUUCCUCAAACGUAUGAAUAAAUUUAUGGCUAACUUUAAGGAAGCACACGAAAUGGAUGUGAAUAUUAUAAGACAAGAACGAGACGUCAACGUGCUUAAGCAACUGUGUGAGAAAUUUGUGAAGCAAAUGGAAGACAUUGAGGAUGUAGUCAGUUAUCAACCUCUCGGGCUCAUUUUUCUGUGUCUGUCUCCAUUCCAAGAGCUAUUUAGACCUCAACCUCGACGGCUUUUUGACGUGGUGCACACGACAACUCCCGAUAUUGGUCGAGGGUGUAUAGAUGAAAUACUAGAAGGCAUAUCUGGCAUCGAAGAUGACAUAAACAGAGAGCCAGAAAGCGCCGGAGAGCUCGUCGCUUUUAACACCUUACUCGAUGGCCUCGAAAGUCGCGUGGCCAAGUUGGAGGAGAGAUUAGAGUAUCUCAGAGAACUCUACGAUUUAAUGGGAGAGUUCAACAUAGCCAUUCCGCCAGAUGACAUGACUGAUUAUUUAGGUCUUAGCGUGGCACUUGGCACUCUACGAACGAAUGUGGACUCAAAACUGGAAACGCGAGGGAAACUAGCCGGAUUGUUUGCGAGUCAAAUUGGUAAAGACAUCAUGGAAUUGAUGUUGGAUGUCAACAAACUGAGAGACGAAGUCGCUCAACCGUGGUUGUAUGAUGAAAAAUCGGAUAUUGAGAAAGUACUCGAAGUGCUCGAGGACUUGAUGGAGAAGUUGAUGGCUUGCUCAGCAAGAGACAAACAGAUCCGGGAAUGGCAGAAAGUCUUUAAGAUACCGCCCGCCAGACUGGAACAGCUAGAUGAAGCAAUCAACGAUGUGAGGCUGAGGCAAAUGCUGUGGAAAAACUCCAAAGAGUGGAAUGAAUUAUACGCGUCAUGGUAUGAAGUGCCGUUUAACACCCUGGAUAUAGAUGAUAUACAAACAACUACCAUUAAUUAUGGUAAGGCUUUUAACCAGCUUGACAAAGGACUGCCACCCAACAAAAUCGUACCUGGUUGUAAGGAGACCAUUGAUAUUAUAAAGGAGAAGCUUCCAGUAAUGUCAUAUCUUCGAAAUCCCGCUUUGAAACCACGUCACUGGGUUCGCGUCGAAGAGAUCCUUCACACGCGAAUCACUCCGGAUAUGGUGCUGACUUUAAAAAUGUUAGAGGACCUAGGAGCGUUCCAACAUGCCGAGGAAUUAAUGGAAGUCGCCGGACAGGCCAGCUCCGAGGCUGGACUGGAAGGAUUAUUAAAAAAGGUCGAAGAAAUAUGGGCAGCUUUAGAAUUCCCAGUUCUGCUACAUAAAGACGCCCGCGAUGUUUACGUUCUUGGAGGCCUAGAUGAGAUUCAGGCCGCGGUUGACGAGAGCAACAUCCACAUCAGCACGAUCCUCAGUUCAAGGAAUUGUGGACCCAUUCGUAGCAGAGUUGAAGAAUGGGCCAAGAAUCUUGAGCUGUUCGCGAGGACUUUGGAAGAGUGGUAUGCCUGCCAACAAACAUGGAUAUACCUGGAAGUGAUAUUCUCAGCUCCAGAUAUACAAAGACAGCUCCCAAAUGAGACACGGUUGUUCACGAUUGUUGACAAAUCGUGGAAGGACAUUAUGAGAAAAUUGGCUAAGGUUCCUUUGGCCAUGCCAGCAGCCACUCAGCCAAAGCUUUACGAAGAGUUUGUAAGAAACAACGAAAUGCUAGAUCAGAUUAUGAAGUGCUUGGAGGCGUACUUAGAGACCAAGAGAGUCGCUUUUCCGAGAUUCUUCUUCCUCUCGAACGAUGAACUGCUUGAAAUUCUAGCUCAGACUCGUAAUCCGCACGCAGUACAACCUCAUUUACGUAAAUGCUUCGACGCAAUCGCAAAGCUGGAGUUUGGAGUAAAACUUCCCGAAAGUGAGAUGGAGGUAACGGAAGACGGGACUCUUGUGGAGAGGGAGAUGUCAUUCGCAACAAGAGAUGCACUGCAGGCGAAACUCGCUAAGACUGCCAAAGCAGAGGACUUGACGACCGAUAUUAUAGCGAUGCUUUCACCGGAAGGUGAACGAAUCAAUUUGGGCAAAGGUUUGAAAGCGCGUGGCAACGUGGAGGACUGGUUGGGGAAAGUCGAGGAAGCGAUGUUCGCGUCAGUGAAGCGUAGCAUGAAAUUUGCACUCAAGGAUUACGAGAUGCGACCCCGCGUUGAAUGGGUGGCAUUACAUCCCAAUCAGGUAGUACUUACUGUGUCCCAAACGAUGUGGGCCCGGGGGAUCCAUGAGAUAUUCGACCUGGACAUACCACUCCGAAUUGACACCGCCCUAAUGGCCUACGAGACAAAGUGCAUCACGGACCUAAACGAUCUGGCGGCGCUGACACGUCAAAACCUCACCUCUCUCUUCCGGAAGGUUCUAUGUGCUCUUAUCACUGUGGACGUACACGCGAGAGACACCAUCAACCACAUGGUCGAGAAACAUGUACAGAGAGCUAAUGAUUUUGAAUGGCUGAAGAUGAUCCGCUACUACUGGGAGGAUGACAUCGACAACUGCGUGGCGAGAAUGUCAAGCGCCAUGUACAUAUACGGGCACGAGUACUUGGGUGCUGGAGGUGUCCUUGUAAUCACGCCGUUGACGGACAGAUGCUAUCUUUGCCUGAUGGGCGCUCUCCAGUUGGAUCUGGGUGGUGCACCGGCUGGUCCCGCUGGAACCGGCAAGACGGAGACCACUAAAGACUUAGCCAAAGCCCUCGCUAUUCAGUGCGUUGUGUUUAACUGUUCAGAAGGUCUGGACUAUAAGAUGAUGGGCAGGUUCUUCUCCGGCCUGGCCACUUCCGGGGCUUGGUGCUGCUUCGACGAGUUCAACCGGAUCGAUAUCGAAGUGCUGUCCGUUAUUGCUCAGCAGCUCAUCACUAUAAGGAACGCUAAAGUUGCUAAGCAGUCAAGAUUCAUGUUCGAAGGACGAGAAAUCAAACUGGUCCGUACCUGCGCGGCCUUCAUAACGAUGAACCCUGGCUACGCGGGGAGGACGGAGUUGCCUGACAAUCUGAAAGCGCUCUUCAGGCCCAUAUCUAUGAUGGUCCCGGAUUACGCUCUCAUUGCGGAGGUGAUACUUUACUCUGAAGGCUUCGAGUCCUCGAAGGGCUUAGCUAAGAAAAUGGUACAAAUGUACAAGCUAUCAAGCGAACAACUGUCCAAACAGGACCACUACGACUUCGGGAUGAGGGCGGUCAAGAGUGUACUGGUAAUGGCGGGAGCAUUGAAGCGCGCUAGUCCGGACCAGCACGAAGAGAUGACAUUACUUUGCGCACUAAACGACAGCAAUCUGCCCAAAUUCCUAGCUGCUGAUGCCAUCUUGUUCGCUGGGAUUCUCUCAGAUUUGUUUCCCGGAGUGGACCUGCCCGUAAGAGACUACGGCGUCAUGGAGGAAAUCAUUAUUACGAUAAUACUUGAACGCAAGUUACAAGUGGAGGUGUGUCAGAUACGGAAAGUGAUUCAGCUGCACGAGACGAUGAUAGUGAGGUGGGGCGUGAUGCUAGUCGGUCCCACGGGUGGGGGCAAGACCACUGUGCUACAUGUGCUAGGCGACACGUACACCAGGCUAUACGAGAGCGGUGUGGUCGGGUCCACCUAUCAGAUAGUGCACAAGUACAUCAUGAACCCAAAGAGCCUCAGCAUUGGCGAGCUCUACGGAGAAGUGAACCUGCAGACCUUGGAGUGGCACGACGGGAUCCUACCGCUUUCAUUGCGCACUGCCGUGCAAUGUGAGGACCCCGACCACCAAUGGCUGAUCUGUGACGGUCCAGUUGACGCCGUUUGGAUCGAGAACAUGAACACAGUCCUGGAUGACAACAAGAUGCUCUGUCUUUCUAACUCUGAGAGGAUCAAACUCACACCCUACGUGCACAUGGUCUUCGAGGUAGCGGACCUGGCACAAGCCUCUCCAGCGACGGUAUCCCGCUGCGGCAUGGUGUACAUUGACCCUGGUGAACUAGGCUAUUUGCCCUACGUGAGGUCCUGGCUGAAUGACGGAAUAGACAAGAACCUCUUUACUCAGGAGAACGCCGAUCUUCUGUACGAGCUAUUCAAAAUGCUGGAAGUCGGAGUUACCCAUGUCAAUACUAAGUGUAGUGUGGGGAUCAAGCAGGUGGAUAUAAGCAAGAUAUCGGCACUGUGUUACUUGAUGGGCGCGCUGUUGUCGGAGCCAGGCGAGAGAUUUCCAGAGAAAGCUGCAGUGAAGACGUACAUAGCCUAUUGCUUCAUCUUCUGCUACGUGUGGUGCAUUGGAGGAAACAUUCUCGAAGGCAAUCGGAAAGCCUUUGAGGAAGUAGUCAAGCGACAAUUCGAGGCCUUCGAGGAGGCUGAGUAUUUCCCCCAAGGCUUUAACUUCUUUGACAUGUACAUGGACACGAAGCAUCGAAAGCUCAAAGUGUGGGCGGAGAUUAUACCGGAGUUUUUGUACGAUUGUAACAAACCCUUCUUCGAGACCCUCGUGCCGACGAUUGAUACGGUGCGUUACGGAUAUCUGUUCGAAAAACUGCUCAAUUCUGGGAAACCGGUCAUGUUCACCGGAAACACGGGUAAAGGAACUAAAAAUUAG